CAUGGUCCCUACCUGUGACCAUUUUCCUGUUGUAGCAGGCUGAGGGCAGAAAGCAGGAAGGCUCCUGUCGGGCCCAAUGCGACUGCAAUGUCAGCAGCAUCGUACUGAGAUGGGUCUCAGUGCUGGAGGGGAUCACCAUGGGAAAAGCUAUCUAACCACACCAUCUACUCAAGUCCACACCAUGGAAAGCUGUUCGCUGAAGUCCACUUUUUGGCUGUUGCUUGCCCAGGUUGUGCUCCCGAGAGAGAGUCUUAAAGCCACUAAGCAGAAAGCAGUGCUACACAGCUGUCAUUGCAGAGGCUAUGGAAGGUCAGCGGGCGUGGAAUGCUCUCUUGGCUAGAUCAAAGCAAACAGCUGGUUACAUGCCAUGGCCAAGUGGAAACUGAUCAGAGGAACAGCUGACAAAAGGUUUCCAAACGCAGGCCAGAGAAACCACUAAGGAGAGGGGCUGAAACGUGCCAAUUCCAAACUCCCCUUUUCUAAAAUGUUACCUCCAGGCCACUGUUUGCCUCUUUGAACUUUCCCAAAGGAAUUAACUCAUUGGUGCUGGUUUCUAAAAACCUGAAUACUCACUGAACAAGCUGUUUCUGCUAAAUCCUUAGAGACAAGAGGAGUGUGGGACAGGAGUCUAAACUGACCGCAUGUUAUCACUAUUUUUGUAGAAAAAAAUAGUAAUAUAAAAAAUGCAGAUUCAGUAUCUUUAUGAACAUGCAAUCAUUUUGUGAGGGUUUUUGCAGGGUGGUGGUGAUGUUAGCAUAAAUUUCCAGACCCCAUUCUCUUAGUAACUACUGUAGUACCUUCGCCAACCACCACUGGAAUAAUAGUUUCAGACAUUCAUUCUGAGAGGUGUGUGUUUGUUUUGGGGGGUGGGUGGGACGGCUAAUGGCUUUCCUGACUAAAAUAUCAAUCAUGCUUUCUGACAGGCAAAUAUAGUAUUUUACAAUGGAUCUCCCCCUUCACCAGCAAUCAGUCUCAUUAAAAAUCCAAAUGAGGCAAUAUUCAAUCUUUGACUGAAACUCUGGUCUCUUUUCAAAUCAGAGCAAGCCAUUGUCCAUUGCACUGAUACUUCUAUAACCAAACUUUUGAUUCCAGCACCAUCAAACCAUCAUCCUUUUGGCUCCUUUUAGCUCACGCUGCUCCCAUCACCAUGAAAAUCCACAUCCACCACAUGCACAAGUGGAAGUGUUAUGCAAGAAGAUGGCAGCCAGAGCAUAUGAAUCCAAUAUCAGGAGGUACUAUAUUGAGAAUUUCUUCACACCAAAACUUUUAAGAGUUGCUACACAUUUUAUUACUCAGCCCAAACAGCAAUGUUCAUAAGAACCUCAGGUCUGGUACACAGUUUAUACAUUUUUUGGAAUAGAGUGUGGCUUGGGAAUGAGGGCCAUAAAUACAUUUUUUUAUUUAUAAAUCACCCAAGGAAGGACUCUGGACAAUGUAUUUCAAACAUAAGAGCACCAAACAGUAAAGGUAAAGGGACCCCUGACCAUUAGGUCCAGUCGUGGCCGACUCUAGGGUUGUGGCGCUCAUCUCGCUUUAUUGGCCGAGGGAGCCGGCGUACAGCUUCCGGGUCAUGUGGCCAGCAUGACUAAGCUGCUUCUGGCAAACCAGAGCAGCGCGCAGAAAUGCCGUUUACCUUCCCACCGGAGCGGUACCUAUUUAUCUACUUGCACUUUGACGUGCUUUCGAACUGCUAGGUUGGCAGGAGCAGGGACCGAGCAACGGGAGCUCACCCUGUCACGGGGAUUCGAACCACGACCUUCUGAUCGGCAAGUCCUAGGCUCCGUGGUUUAACCACAGAUAUAUAAAUUAAAAAAAUUAAUUGCAAACAUGAAAGCAUUUUUAAUUGAUCUUUAAAGGAUAUUGGAUUGAAAGUAGAAAGAGUUAAUUCACUAUCUAUUAAUGGCAACUAAAAUCUUAAUUGCACAGACCUGGAAAAGGAAGAACCUCAACAACUGGUAAAUAAACUGUUGGAAAAAUGAUAAUGGCAAAGCUAACUUAUUGGAACAAAGAGAAAAUAGAGAAGGAGCUUGCAAAAUGAACUAUUUUGAAUUUUUUUUUAAAAGAAUGUAAUUUUUUAGGAAGUUUACUUGAUCUGGAUUAAUAGUCUUAGGAAGGAGUUAUUUAUUGUUGUAAAAUGUAAAAAUGAAAUUUGAAUGGUUAAUUUAAAAUGAAUACUUAACUGAUAUAAAAAUUAAAUGUAUGACUGUAAUGUACGGAAUUAUUGGAGAAAUACUAUUGUGAAUAUUGCAUAUUGUUAACAUCAUUUAUUUGUUUGCCCACUUUCUCUAGUUAAAUCAUAUUCAAGGCAGCUAUGUUAUGAUUUGCAAAAAAUUACAAUCUAAAAUAUUUGUUUUGUGUUUUUUAGUAGCAAAUCAUUAAAUGUUUUCCAUUGGCAUCUGAAAUCCAGUAAUGUUGAAGACAGGCCCACUUCUAAGGAGGAAUCAUUCCAGAACCAGAGAUCCUCCUGCCACAGAGGAGGCCCUUCUACAUGUCUCCAAAUCCUGGUGGGACUACAAGCAGAGGAUCUCAGCCCACCAACCUGAAGAAUUUAAUUGCCUAGCAUUGAAAAAAGUCAACUAUUUAAAGCAAAUCAGAUAAAAU